AUGGAAAAUUUGGAGCAGCAGUUCUCGGAGAAUAUAUUAGUCACUUCCAGACGGGAAACACAAUCAUCCAACUCGGUAAGAGAAUACUACUCUGACCCAAUCCUAGUUGAUCUACUUAUCGAUAUAUUCUCUCGUGUCCCGGGAGAGUCUAUAGAUAGGUUUCGCUGCGUAUCUAAAUUCUGGAGAUACAUACUUCGUCGUCCUGAUUUCACUGAGCUCUUUCUAACCAAGUCUCCCUCUCGUCCACGGAUCCUUUUCACCCUAGUAGCUGAUGGCAAGUCAUUAUUCUACUCUUCACCUCAGCCUGAAAAUUUUAAUGAUAACUCUACUCUUGUUGCCACACGUUAUCGUACUUCAUUCCCCCAAUCUCUGGGGUAUUGUUUCUAUACUCCAGUCUAUGGAUUGGCCCUUCUUCAUGGAUAUAAUAAAAGAAGUGUGAUUUGUAACCCUAUCACGGGAGAGAGUUUAACCUUACCCGAAGUGGAAGAUAAGAGUAACCGCGACAGAGAAGCGGAAGAAACAUUCUAUCUUGGCUAUGAUCCGAUCAGCAAACAGUUCAAAGUGUUGUGUGUGACCUGGUCACGUUGUGAAAGACCCACUACUUAUCAUGUUUUGACAUUGGAGCCUGGAAAACCUUUGUGGAGAAGGAUCCAAUGCAAAUUCCAUUUUAUGGAGAAUCAUCUGAUGAGCAGUGAAGUAUGCAUAAAUGGUGUUUUGUAUUUCGGAGCUAAGUUGGGACAAUCUUGGGUGAUAGUUCGCUUCGACGUUCGGUCUGAGGAGUUCGGCUUUAUUAGGAUGGGUAAUAGAGUACAAUCUAAUUUUUGUGCUCAGUUGAAGUUGUUCAACUACAAAGGUAAAUUAGGUAUACGUCAACAAACAAAAAACUAUUGGGAUAAGGUUGGAGAACUUGUGUUGUGGGUUCUAAAAAAUGCUCGACAUCAUAAAUGGUCCAAGCAAACCUACGAACCGCCUAAUUUAAUGGGAGAGCACAUUUUUGUUGGAAUGACUAAUACCGGUGAAAUUGUGUUUUCGCCGUACUACAGAACCUACCGACUAGAGCCUUACUGCCUUCAUUUCUACAAUCCUGAGAGGUCGAAUACUCUGACAAGGGUUGUUAUUCAGGGAUUUGAAGAGUUUAAGCAUCAUAGUAUUGUAACCUUGUUAGACUAUGUGGAGAACGUGAAGUUUAUGUAA